AUGACAGAAUACAUUUUCAUUUUAAGUUCAUUAAUUGCUGUGGGUUGUUUAGGGGCAUCAUUAAAGCCAUCUCCUAUUUAUGGUGGUUUGUGCUUAAUUGUUAGUGGGUGUGCUGGUUGUUUGGCCGUGUUAGGGUUUGGUGGAUCUUUUUUAGGUUUAAUGGUGUUUUUAAUCUAUUUAGGUGGGAUGAUGGUUGUGUUUGGUUACACAACUGCUAUGUCAGCUGAUGAGUAUCCUGAGACUUGGGUCUCUAGUUGAUUAUUUUUGGGUAUCUUAGUUAUAAGCAUGUUUAUAGAGCUAGGUAUAAGUGUGGUUAAUAAAUAUUAUGAGGGUGUUGAUUUGAUUUUAGAAUUAAAUAGUAUAGGGGGUUGAGUUGUUUAUGAUGGUGAUGAGUUAGGUCUGAUGGGGGAGGGUGGAGCUGGGGUGGCGGCUUUGUAUAGUUGUUCAGCUUGGUUGAUGGUAGUUUCUGGUUGGACUUUGUUUAUGGGUAUUUUUAUUAUUAUUGAAAUUACACGAGGUAAUUAG